CUGUUGUAGUCCAGUGACAAAUAAACAACAUGCCGGAUGAGCGACCUGACAUUCUGAAUGUACCAGAUAAAGCAAAGACUAACCUUAACAUUAUAGCAAUAGUAUCAAAGGUUGCUGACGAUAACUUGACGAUUGUGCGGGUAUGAAGGAAAAUAUCAGCAUAAGAUACCGGUCAUGGUUAUCCUCUUUGUGCAGUGUAGUCGCUUACAGGGGCAACUACGAAACUGCACACCACAUCAUAGGGUGUACAUUAACUAUGGAAUGCUGUUUGUUUCCUGCAGAGUGUGAGCACUGGAUUAGCUAUCGUGGGCAUUGUCAUUUUAGGAAGGAGCAUCAAACUGAAAUUCCCUCAAGGUUCAUUAAGCGGAACGUUGGUCUUCGAGGGAGAGUAUGCAGCAUUACUGACAAGGGACUGGAAGUGGAGCACAUCCCAAUUUAUGUCCCUGUCCUUUCCCCCCUGCUGAUGAAAUAUCAGGCUGGGGCUCCUCUGCAGGUUCGUCUGGCCGGAGUGGAGUUGACCCCAGAGGGCUGGGACUGGCUGAGACGGCAGCUGAGACCUGCGGAGACGGUGUGGCUGAAGCUAAUUAGGAAAGAGGGCGACAGCCUGGACUGCUUUGUCUCAAGAGGCCAGGGCUUCCUCUUGGGCACUAGUCUAAAUGAGCAGGUCUUGCAACAGGGCCUGGCCAGGUCCACACCGAUCCUGGGAUUGGACCACCGCUCACGGGUGUACUGGAGACUCCACAAGAGACUGCUGAAGGCAGAGCUCAAGGCUGAGAGAAAGGGCCGAGGGCUGUGGAGGGAGGACGACCUCAGGGAGAGAGUCUCUGCGGUCGUCAGAGAGAACAUUGUGGUCAAAGGCGUGAAAAGGCUUCUCUCACUUAUUUCCGGGACCAAAGAACAGUGAGCACACAUCCACACAUUAAUAAUCAUCAGUGCAAAUAUGUUGCUGAAUUAUUUGUGCAUUUUGAUUGAUCAACUCCCACUCCAUUUACCUAAAUGUAGUAAAUUGAUAUUUAUUAACACCCUUUCUGAUCCCAGACAAACACUCAUGGAUACAGCUGUUACAAUGUUACAACUAACAUUUGGUAAAAUUAUGUAUAUUUUGUAUUGCACAUGUAAAAUAAUGUAAAUAAAGCUUGAAUACUCAAAUUUACUGAACCUUACAACCGAAAGGGGCAUGAUAGAGGUUUUUUUCCUGAAACUAACAUUGCACCUAGUAUUACACUUGCCUAGCUUUGCUUUACUCAGACAGUAUUUGUGGUUUCUUUGUCACAUGUUUGAAUUGCUAAACAGAUUAAUCAAUUGUUAUUUAGCGCUAGCUGCUAUAGGACCACAUGGGUCAGCAUAAUCUGCUUUUUUCCCGUUCACUCUCAUCUUAAUUUCCAGCUCAGUCCCCCUGCUUCUUGUGCUUAGGAUGAGCAGGUUGGGCAUUGUGCUUAGCAGCAAUCCAUGGGGGUCUGCCUGAUUACCCCACCCAGACAAAAGCAAAAGUACUGUUGCCAUGGAUUCAGCAAAUCUGAAAGACAAAGAGUGUCAAAAGGUGAUGAGCUCUUAGUGGCCCCAAACUGAGGGAACAGAAAGGGUGACUGUAUCGGAGCAACGUGUCUUGACGUUUAAAACUUUCCAAAGAAUCUAAAAUGCAUAAGUGUAAACUAUUUAAGUCUCAGAAUAUUAUCCAAAAGUACAGUUGAGACUAAAGGCAAAAUCCCCCUAUAUAUACACACACACACAAACACACACACACACACACACACACACACACACACACUCUGGGGUACACCAGGGCUAGGGUUUAGGGAGGGGACAGCAGCUUGCAGCUCACCCCCUCAAUCUUUGUUGUGCAAAUGUAACAAGCGGUGACUCCAGACUUCCCAUUGGCUGUGCAGUUUGAACUGAAGGGGUAAUGGAGAGCUGAUUGCAGGCACUGAAAGACUUUGAGCUGGCACAGCACUCCCUGGGUAGAAUGAGGGAGGGAGGGAAAAGAAGGAGAAAAGGGUCCGUGUUGCACGGACUGUUUGAGAUAUGUCAACAAGGCAUAUUUGGGUCAAAUUUUCAGUUAGGCUUUUAAAAUGAUAUCAGAUUAGUAAACAGAAUGUGCCUUUGCAACAUUGGAUGAAUGGUUACUUAUAAUGGGCAAUGUAGAUAUUGCAUUAAAGAUCAGCCAUUUCUUACUACAACAGUCGAGAAUCCUUUUGCAAUAAUGUAAGCACAAAAUGUAAUCUGAAAACU